CGCCCCGGUUUUACAGGAUAGGAAAGUGAGGCGUAGGGAGAGGACGCGAACCGCUCGGGGCCUCCACGCAGGUCAUUCCUGCACGGGACAGUCCACCAUGGCCUCAGACCACCAGACCCAGGCGGGCAAGCCACAGCCCCUGAACCCCAAGAUCAUCAUCUUCGAGCAGGAGAAUUUCCAGGGCCACUCGCAUGAGCUCAAUGGGCCCUGCCCCAACCUGAAGGAGACUGGCGUGGAGAAAGCAGGAUCCGUGUUGGUGCAGGCCGGACCCUGGGUGGGCUACGAACAAGCCAACUGCAAGGGUGAGCAGUUUGUGUUUGAGAAGGGCGAGUAUCCCCGCUGGGACUCAUGGACCAGCAGCCGGAGGACGGACUCUCUCAGCUCCCUGAGGCCCAUCAAAGUGGACAGCCAGGAGCACAAGAUCAUCCUCUACGAGAACCCCAACUUCACGGGGAAGAAGAUGGAGAUCAUCGAUGACGACGUGCCCAGUUUCCACGCCCACGGCUACCAGGAGAAGGUGUCCUCCGUGCGUGUGCAGAGCGGCACGUGGGUUGGCUACCAGUACCCUGGCUACCGCGGGCUGCAGUACCUGCUGGAGAAGGGCGACUACAAAGACAGCAGUGACUUCGGGGCUCCCCACCCCCAGGUGCAGUCCGUGCGCCGCAUCCGUGACAUGCAGUGGCACCAACGAGGGGCCUUCCACCCCUCCAACUAG